AUGUUCAAUCGAUUCUGUUUUUAUAUAUUACCUCAAAUUCAACACAAUAUCCAAUGUCUUACUCUUGAUCCUUGGUCAAUAACUAGUGUUCUUUUUAUUGGAAAUUAUCCUAAACUUCAUAAACUGACUCUUAUUAAUUUCAAAGUUGAAAUGGCUAAUAGUAUUUUUUGUACCAAUUCAUCAUUUGUUUCCAUAUUUCAACAUCAGAUUUCAAAUCUUGUUAUAAUGAUUAAUGGUACUAGUGGAUAUCAAUAUAGAUGGUGUCUAUGCUCAUCUAUGUUUGUCCAAAUUUCUAUGAAGUUUACAAAUCUAACUCAUUUCCAGUUUGAUUUAAUAAACAAUUGUAUAUAUGCACUAGAACUUGCUGGUUUACCGUCUCAAUGUUAUUCAUCAAGUAUUGUUCAUUUAAAUCUUAAGGUGAAGAUGUUUGAUGAUUGUCUUUGGUUACUCAAUGGCCAUCUUAGUCAAUUACAUACAUUAGUUGUUCAUGUUGAACAUAUUCAUAAUACAUCAAAGAUUAUCAACAAUACGAAAACUGUGUCGAAUCUGAAAUGUUUUUCGUUGACAUCAUUUUCUAUAACAUUGGAAUAUGAUAAUCAAAUUAUUCCACUCCUUCAUCACAUGUCACAAUUAGAAAAAUUAACAUUAUCUCUUUAUGUUCAUGGUCGAACUUCAUUUAUUGAUGGUACUCAUCUGAAUAAUGAUAUCAUUAGUAAAAUGCCCUAUCUACAUAGAUUUAAUUUUGAUAUUGUCACCGAAAUUGUCAUAAUCAAAAAUGAAUAUUUGCCAACAUCUGAUGAUGUUCGAUGUCCACUUAUCGAAAAAGGAUAUAAUGUUGAUUGCUAUAUUGACUAUCUUGGAACUGAAAGAGGUCGAUGUCAUAUUUACUCGUUUUCCUCUACUAUGGAACGUAUGCAUGUAAUUACUAACAAAUUUCCUGACGGUAUAUUUAUGAAUGUUCGUAUGGUAUAUGUGAGUGAUUCGAUGCAUUCAAUUGAAUAUGAUUUCUUCGUUCGAAUUUCACAAGCAUUUCCAUUACUUAAAGAUUUAACUGUGUUAAGUACUGUUAAGCAACAGAAAUCGACAAAUGAACUAGAUGAACAUGAACAAACGUUUUCAAUUAUUGAAUAUUCUCAUCUGAUGACACUCGAUCUAAUUUCGUCUCAUAUCGACUAUGCGAAACAAUUUCUUCUUAAGACAAGUUUACCGCGUCUUAGUGCACUAGGUAUUGACUAUGAACACUUCGUAAACGUAACAGAAAAUUUUACAAGUAAUACAGCUCGUGCUAACUGUGCAAAUUUAAAAAACAUUAUUUUCCGUAACAAGCCAAGAGUCCUUACAGAAAAAUUUUUUACUUAUUUUCCUCUUGUUUUAAAUAUACAUCGAGUCGAGAACUGUUGAUAUUGUAUCCAGUGUUAUUUUCUGUUUAUUUUCUCUUGUAAAUAAAUUAGAUGAUAAUUGUAUACACACUGAAUGACGUAAAUGAAUUACAAAAUAAUUCAAAAACACUGAAUUACAAAAUAAUUCACUUUCUAUUAGUUUCUACCAGGGUCUACCAGGGUCUACCAGGGUCUA